AAGGUUGUGGUCGUGCCGUAACACCACCAAUGGUGCUCUUAUUUAGAAUCAACGACAUCUCCUUGAAAUUGGAGCGCAUUCAAUUUGAAAUCCAACACUACCUGGCUCUCUACACCAGGCCUACGUAAUCGGUCCCUGUUCCAAGCACCAACCAAAUUAAGGCAUGAGUUCAGUCGAGUCACCGCAGGUGAUCCCGUCCGUUGGUCACAAGUCGGCAGAAGCGAUUCCCGUACAAGUGGUCACAACCGAAAUCUCGGAUUUGUCUGUCUCAGGACAGGGGUCGCCAGUACCAGCAAGCCGGUCUGAUGAGACUGCUACCAGGAUCCUCAGGAUCAUCGAACAGUAUGGACUGAACUACGAACGCACAGGAUCGUGGGAUGGCUUUGACACGUUCUUUCCCAUCGUAUUGGGGCAGGUUUCACGCGGUGAACCAGUCAAGAUGCUCCUUCCUGGAUUCCCUUUCAAGUCCCCGAACUCGCGGGACAAAGUCCUCAGCAAUCUACCUGAUCUUGGAGAAGAGCUUGCAUUGCAGCAUCUCAACGGUCUUUGCGAAAAUAUCAAGACAGUGUACGAACAUGGUGCCGAGGUACACAUCACGUCCGACGGGCUCGUCUACAAUGAUUUGCUCGGUGUUCCCGAUGAGGAUGUUUGGAACUUUGGCGAGGCUGUUCGUCAAAUCACAGUAGACCACGGCCUGCACCACCUUAGCUUCCUACGCUUGUGGGAUCUGCUCGGCACUCCUGGAACAUGGUCGAAAGAGCACUACCUUGCAAAUGCAGCAAACAUUCGCCAAGAUCUGAACCGUCGUUACGGCGACCCUCAGUUCGAAGCGGACAUGGCCAAUAAAUCCAGUAGUGACAUGCAGAUGACACACACCAAAUACCUUGAGUUCCUGAAGUCGGAUCUUCUAUUGAAUGAGAAGUGGCUGGCACAAUCUGCAGAAGAGCAAGCUGUUACCAUUGCGGAUACUGCAAAAGCAAUGAUGGGUCGUUGGAAGGCAUUCGCCGCAGCACUUGAAGCGAACCGUACGGACUACGUUCGCUUGUCCAUCCACGAUUCUGGUGGUAAGGACAAACUGUCUAUGGCGCUGAUAACACAGAAGCAGCGUGGUGCAUUAGGAGCCACGCCAUGGCACUCUGUCGUUGUCGCAGAGCUCGAUGGAAACUAUCGCUCUGUACAGAGACACACUGUUGACCAAGAGAAGUAUGAACUUAUUUAUCGCAACGGACGGCCAUACUUUUUCCGCGCCAAGUCGGACCUCUUCAACUGGAGCGUUGAGGGUUGCGACGUCACUUUCGAGCAUCUCUAUCCUACAGGACUCAUCGUUCGUCCCACUUCUGAAGCGCCUUCCAUCACUGCUAUUCCCAUGACGAAGGUCCGCAUCUUGGCGAACACGUUCUCUCCAGUCGUUCUUCGCGGUUUCUCCAAUACCGCCGAGAAAGACAUCAUUGUCAAGAGCGCUCACGCUUUUGGAGAAGCCGGACGGGACGACAGUACAGAGCCUGUAUUAGGCGGAUCCACGAAGGUACUCAGCAUCACGGAUCCCAGCUACAUCGCCAUAGCGCCCAAAGGAAGUGGUAAAGCACUCUUCACUCCAUCUCGUCUCUUCUUCCGCUACCUUUCGUCCCCCUGGUCAGUGGAACGCCUCGAAGCUGUGGUCCAGCGCCCACACGACACUGAAUUCAACAUUCAAGACCAGAAGCAACUUCGCCUGAUCGUCAAACAUCCAGUCACAGGUGAGCCUUGCCUUCGUUGGCUCGACUCUAAAAAUAGGACGAGGCUCACCACACGUGAUUUGAUCCUUGCGAAUGACGAUGAGAUGCUGAUCGAUGUAAUCAACGCUGGGAUCUAUGAUUGGCGUUCCUGCUUGAGAUUCUGCUGGAAUGAGGGCGAUGUGCUCGUCAGCGAUGCUACUGCCACACUGCACAUUAUUACUUCGGAUGAAAUCGAGGAGCUGUAAGUUGGC